CAUUUCAGGCGGGAAACGAUGUAUUCAUUGUAACCCAUCAAUUCUGUACAACCGUUAAUGCGGUGUGUAAACCCUCCCUCUUAUCUUCUUCUUCGAUCUUGUUACACUACAUCUAUGGCGUCUCAACCUAAUUCUCUGAUAUGGUUCCGCAAAGGGCUGAGAAUCCAUGAUAAUCCAGCCCUCGAGUACGCCUCCAAGCAAACAAAUUACUUGUACCCACUUUUUGUUAUUGAUCCGCAUUACAUGGAGCCCGAUCCGAAUGCAUUCUCUCCUGGAUCUAAACGAGCCGGGAUAAAUAGGAUUCGUUUUCUUCUGGAAAGCUUGGUUGAUCUCGAUUCCAGCCUCAAGAAGCUCGGUUCUCGCCUUCUUAUACUGAAGGGUGAGCCUGGCGAAGUCUUAAUUCACUGCUUGAAAGAGUGGAACAUAAAAAAGCUAUGUUUUGAGUAUGACACAGAGCCGUACUAUCAGGCCUUAGAUGUCAGGGUUAAGGAAUAUGCUUCUGUAGCCGGUAUUGAGAUUUUUUCUCCAGUGAGUCAUACACUUUUUAACCCGGCAGAUAUAAUACAGAAGAAUGGUGGAAGGGCUCCUCUGAGCUAUCAAUCAUUUUUAAAGGUUGCUGGGCAACCUACUUGGGCUUUGUCACCUCUUUCAACCUAUAUAGACGUUCUUCCUUCUGUUGGUAAAACUGUCAAUUGUGAGAUUUGCACCGUUCCAACAGCUACAGAACUGGGUUAUGACAAUUGUACAGAGGAGGAAUCAACUCCUUUUAGGGGUGGCGAAACAGAAGCAUUGAAGAUGUUGAACGAAUCAAUUAGCAACAAGGAAUGGGUAGCUCAAUUUGAGAAACCAAAGGGUGAUCCAUCUGCAUUUCUUAAGCCAGCGACAACAAUGUUGUCUGCUUACUUGAAAUUUGGUUGUCUUUCAUCCAGGUACUUCUACCAACGCAUUAAGGAAGUUCUAAGUGAAGUCAAAACACACACAGCACCACCUGUUUCCCUUCUGGGACAAUUGUUAUGGAGAGAAUUCUUCUAUACUGCUGCUUUUGGCACUCCGAAUUUUGACCAGAUGAUUGGUAACGGAAUUUGCAAGAAGAUACCAUGGAAAGAUGAUGAUGAAUUAUUGGCUGCAUGGAGAGAUGCUAAGACUGGAUUUCCUUGGAUAGAUGCAGCCAUGGUCCAGCUUCGAAAAUGGGGAUGGAUGCACCACCUUGCUCGCCACUCUGUGGCAUGUUUUCUUACUCGUGGAGACUUGUUCAUUCAUUGGGAAAAAGGGCGUGAUGUCUUUGAGAGGCUUCUAAUUGAUUCAGACUGGGCAAUUAACAAUGGGAAUUGGCUUUGGUUAUCAUGCUCAUCAUUUUUCUAUCAGUAUAACCGGAUCUAUUCUCCAAUUUCAUUUGGAAAGAAGUACGAUCCAAAUGGGAAUUAUAUAAGACAUUUCCUCCCUGUGUUGAAAGAUAUGCCAAAGGAAUACAUCUAUGAGCCUUGGACUGCUCCAUUAAGCAUUCAAACCAAAGCAAAGUGUGUAAUUGGAGAAGAUUAUCCCAAACCAGUGGUUUGUCAUGAGACGGCAAUGGCAGAAUGUAGGAGAAGAAUGGGUGAAGCGUACGAGAUGAACAAAAGACUAAAUAACUUAGUAAGUGAGAAAGACAUGACGAGUUUGAGAAGGAAGUUUGAGUGCCAGAGCCAAGUAGUCAAAUCAAAAAAACAGAAGCAGAAACCGAAACCGGAUGCUUGAGGUGAGAUUAUCUUGAUUAAACAUUCGCUCACUAUUUUUUAUUUUCUCUUUGAAUUGACAGAUAUUUAAUUAGAAUUAUUAUACUUCCCUUUGCUAAGAUAAACAAGAUUAUAUCAUCCAUCACUAGAAAAUUGGAAAACUACACCACCACUUGUAGGUCUGGUAAUGCAUGUAUAAGUCUGGUAAUACAUGUAUUGGGUUGAG